AUGGCUUGCCAGGAAUUUACUGUUUUAUACACCCACCAGAAGACGAAAAAAUCCAAAGUAUGGCAAGAUGGAAUUUUGAAAUCCACUGUUGGUGGAAAUAAGGCAGUCUUAUGUGAUGUCAAAGGACAGGUUUUGGACAGUAUUUUUGUAAAGUUUCAGGUAAAAUCAGGAGAUGACUUGGAAAGUGAGCGAUACUUAAUCACAGUCGAAGCUGAAAAAAAUUCUGGAAUUGAUGGUGAUAAUAUUUUACCAAAAAACACAGAAGUGCCCAUGUUAACCACAAAUAAUUUGAGGAUCCGUGCCUCAUCUCUGCAUGUGCCAGUUGGCCUCAAAAGGAAAUUUACUGGUUUCCAAGGGCCACGCCAUGUGGAAAAGAAAAUGGCAACAGUGAAAGAACCUGUAGCAACUGCUUCACCUAAGUGUCCUGAAUCAUCCUUUCCGUCUCAGUUCUAUGUCUGUUCUCCAUUAUUUUCUGCUCCUUACCAGAAGAAGGAAGAGGCUAAUUUACUACCAGUCUUUAAAGGAGAUGCUCUUAUGAGUAGUAGUACUGAGUCUAUCACGUCAGUGUCUUUUAUGCCUUAUCCUGAUCAUCACAAAGUGGUACAGAAUGUUAGUUAUUGUACCGGUAGUGCAGAUCCGGAACACUUGAAGCCAGAAUCUCACCUGGAUAAUGGGCUAGUUAAUUUAAACUACAAUGCAAUGAAUAGUGUGGCAGUUUCACAGAACAUCAGGAGUAAAGGACAGAUUAUUGAACUUCUCAAGUCUAAAACACCACUGUUUAGCACGGAACAAAAACAUUCUAUGUCCCCAGAGUGUGAACGUGCCAGUACACUGAACAAUCUACCAUUGACAACGUCACAAUUUCCUCCAGAAAGUCUGCCUCUGUCUGAGCCAUCAAGAAGCACAGACUUUUUGAUUCAACAGAAGAUGUCACCUGUGUUGGGAUCUGUAAACAGCACUAAAAAAGAAUCUACUGAACAUAUACAGGGUGUGCCGUCCACAGCCAAAAAUGUUCAAACAAAAAGUCGAUGGGAUGCAUACUUGCCAUCACAUGUAUCAGAAGAACCUCCUGAUCUCAAUGACACAGGACACAAUGAUAAGCUCGUUAGUGACUUGCAGCCAGUUAUAAAGGACUUGAAGGAGGGGGGUGAUGAUACUAGGAACCAGUACAAGGUUGAUACAAACAUUCCUCAAAUUCCUUCUUCCCUGGGAAUCAGCAGUUCUCCCAUUAGUAAAACUUUUGUUACAAAGCAGCCACAUAGCUCUAUAGUAAUUGAAUCCUGCAUGAAUAUAGGGAAUAAAAGUGAAGUUGUAUUGCUGGAAGCACUUGAUGCUAAUCUUUCCAAAUCUAAUGAAUACCCAGUGGCUGCUAACUUAGAGGCAUUUUGCCAUCAAUCACAAAAUGAACCAUGUUCAGUAAUAAGUUCUGAAAAUUUCUCAGAUGGAGAACUUGGUGAUCCAGCCAAGCAGUUUAUUCAAGUUAACUUUGAUGUUCUAGAUAUACAGGAUUUUAGUGACACAGAGGAUGGAGAGUGUCAUGCAGAUAGUGUGCUUUCACAACAAUUGGCGCGUUUGAAAGCAGAAAGAGAGGUCAGUGUUGAAAAAAUCAGUGAAGAAAAGGCAUGUAUUACUGAGGGGAAGGAUAGCAUGCAGUCUGCAUUUCUACAAGGGAGCAAUAUGAAUUGCACUUCACAGUCUUGUGACAAAAUGUUUGAGGAUGCGAAGAAGUAUGUGGCUAAAUGUAAUUUUCGAAGUGAAUAUUCAGAGGCUACAUUUGUAGAUGACAUAGUAGGGUCUAAUGCAAUUGGUGCCGAGAAUUCAGAUACUCAUACAGGUCUUGACUACAUUGGCAGAAACUGGUUAAUGGUAAAUGAUGUAGGCUGUGGUAUGAAUAAGAAGUGUCCUACUCAGACAUCUCACCUUCAAACAAAAGUAAUUUCAUAUGUUCAUCCCCAUUCAAAUAUUUCUUUCAUGGACAAAAAUAACAAAGGUAUAGAGGCUGGGAGGAAUAAUUCACAGCUUCCUUCUGUACAUAUUUGUGAUGACAUGGCAUUAGUUAGUCCAAUCCUGACUGUUGAAGAGAGUAACAGUUCUUCUGAUGGCUUUCCACAGUAUAUUGCAAAUAAACAUGAUGCUGCUCCAGAGAGUAGUUAUGACAGGCCAAGGGCUCACCCCCUAGAUUGUGAGCCUUUUUCAGAUGAAACACAAAUGUGUAAGGAGGAACUGGAAGAUAUAAUUGGUCCCCCAGAAGCUUUUAAUGAAUUCAUUGAAGAAAAUGAGAAGAAUUCUUCAGCUUCUAGCCUUCCCAAGUUGACAAAUGGCUUCUGCCUGUUAAGGUCACUUACAGAACACAGCACAGCCUUGGAAAGCUUGCAAAUGAUCGAGGAAAGUCCUGGCCUAUCGUACCAGAGAGGGACUCUGACAGAGAAACACAUAUCCAAAGAAGGACCCGGAGCUAGGCAACAUUUUGCUGAAGUGUCUUAUUCUGAAAAUGUGACGAUGUCUUCAUGUUCUGAUGCAUCUAAAACGCAUUGUUCUUUAAGCAAUCAUGUAGAGAAACCUGCAGCAGCUGUAGCCAAGAUGCUACAUGGCCGAAGUCCAACUGGAGUGGCUGAAAGUCAAUCAAAGCCAGUAGCAUUUCAAGGGUACCAGCUGAAAGGAUCAGCAGCUAGUGAAGUCAUGACGAGAGAAACCUGUUCACAUCUUAGGUGGGAUCCAUACGCUGAUUUGGCAGAAUCUGAAAGCAUGGCAAGGGACGAUUGCUUUUUCUCAGAUCAGGAACUGAGCAGCCCUGUGCUCCCUGGUUUCUUUAAGAUGUUACCAACACAAGAGAGUCCUUCCUGCCCCUCUGAAUGCCAUUUUUUCUCAAGUCCAAGCAGUAUAGACCCAACUGCAGACAUGAAAGAACAGGAAUUCCUGCUAUCCAGAAUUUUUCCACUGCCCACGAACAACACAAAAAGCUUUUCCAGAAUGAAGGAAUCUAUCUGCUCAGUGGAUGACAGUGUGCAUACAGGCUUACCUACUCAUAGAAAACAAACUCCAGUUGUAACUUUACCAGUUGAUGAAGUGCUUCCUGACUCAGAAGUUUAUUCCAGUCUAAUGGCUUGUGAGCAAAUGUCGCCUUUUGGUUUCCCAGUAGUCAACAUGUACAACAAGUCAAAAAUGUUAGGCCCUGAGGACAGGAUGUGUGAAUCAGUUGUGGAUGAAAAACGUUUAGGAGAAAGACAAGAGGUGCUUAUACAGUCUGCAUUCCCUAAUGUGUCUGAACAAAAGAGACAAAGCAAGUGGCAGAAAUACCAAAAUACCACUCAUUGUGACUUGGGAACUCCAAACAGUAGUGAAGUGGUCAUGACUGAUGACUUCGAAGCUGAGAAUGUCUUGGGAAUGCCACUUGAUGAUACAGGAGAGGGUCAGAAUGAUGCUGUCAAUAAAAGCCCUCCAGACUUUGCGCAUCUGCAGAUGAUAAAAAGCAUGCUUUGUAAACAACACAGAAACUUUAGCAGCCAAGAUUCUGUUUCAGAAAAAAAGCAACGUUCUGUGCACUUAAGUCCAAUUUUUUCCACUGAGGAAGCACCAAAGGUGUUAGGUCAGCUGAACCACAAUAACAGAAGUAGACAUGCCAAGAAUGUCUCUGAGCUGUUUUUCCCCAGUGCAGACAUAGUGAAUUGCACUGAUCUUCCUAAGAGGCAAAUGUGUAUCCCAGCUGAGUUUCAAUCUUCUGCACUGUAUAAGCAAGUUUUCACUGCUGCUUUGAUAGAACAUUUGAACAUAUUGCUUUUUGAGCUGUCACAAAGGCUACAUAAAGCUCUUGGGAAAGUGGAUAUAUCUUUCUGUACUUCAGCAAAAGGAGGGCAGGUGCAAGAAAAUUCUGCACCACUCUGUAACCACAAGAUUGCAGCCAAACUUGUUAUGGUUAAAAAAGAAGGUCGAAACAAGGGUCGCCUUUUCUAUGCCUGUGAUGCUCCAAAGGCUGAGCGCUGUGAUUUUUUCAAGUGGCUUGACGAUGUAAAUCCGGGACAGUUCAAAAGUACACCUAGUGUUGCGUUUCAUGAUCUGAAGAGUAUCGGAACCUAUUUGAGGAGUCAGAACAUUUUUCUCCAUGAAGAAUGCCAACUUUUGGUGAGGAAAGCCUUUGAUAUUCAAAGGAAACGAUUUAGUAAACUGAAGAAAUUUAAUAUUGCAAAUGCUGAGUUUGACUGUGAUGGUAGGAACAAAUUAUAUCUGAAGCUGAGCAGAAAAGAGCACUCUUCCAUGUACAGCAAAGAUGAUCUUUGGGUUGUUUCCAAGACCCUAACGUUUGAACCCUUGGACACUUUCAUUGCCUGCAGUGUUUUCUUUGGCCCAUCCUCUAACAGUGAAAUAGAGCUGGAACCUCUCAAAGGCUACAGCCCCUCAAACUGGCAUUCAAAUAUGAUUGUUCAUGCCUUACUAGUUUGUAAUGCUAGCACAGAACUCACAACUUUGAGAAACAUAGAAGAAAACUUCAGUUCAGCUGCGUUACCAAUAAUGCAGCACCUGCUCACAAGGCCCUUCAAAGAGGUAUCUGGUAGCAACAAAAUCAACAAACGAAAAUUUAAACCACCAGUCUUAAACACAAAUACAAUGACUUGUGGACUUCUAAGUCCUGAAAUGACAAUAAGUCUGGCAAACAAGAUGAUUCAGACAUUUCGGCUGAAUAAGGAUCAGGCCAUGGCACUUCUUCAAAUAGGCAACAUGAUGGCAUCUUAUCCAAUUGAUAAAGAAACUGGGAAACAGCAACCCCUCCCUAUAACAAUAAUACACGGUGUGUUUGGAUCUGGAAAAAGUUAUUUAUUGGCCAUUGUUAUCUUGUUCCUGGUACAAAUCUUUGAAACUAGUGAAGCGGCUGUUGGCAAAAGGUUAGCACCAUGGAAAAUACUAAUCUCUUCUUCCACUAAUGUUGCUGUGGACAGAGUACUGCUGUGCCUACUGGAUCUUGGAUUUGAAGAAUUUAUUAGAGUUGGAAGUAUUAGAAAAAUCGCUAAGCCAGUACUUCCUUAUAGCUUGCAUGCUGGCUUGGGAUCGGAAAGUGAGCAGCUGAAAGAGCUGCUUGCUCUUAUGAAGGAGGAUUUAACCCCAGCGGAAAAAAAUUAUGUAAGGAAGACCAUUGAACACCAUAGGCUGGGCACCAACAAAGCUCUUCUGCAGCAGGUGAAGGUAGUGGGAGCUACCUGUGCUGCUUGCCCAUUCCCUUGCAUGAAGAAUCUUAAAUUUCCUGUAGUGGUGCUGGACGAGUGCAGUCAGAUGACAGAACCUGCGUCCCUCCUUCCCAUUGCAAGGUUUGGGUGUGAAAAGCUGAUUCUGGUUGGUGACCCUAAGCAGCUUCCGCCCACCAUUCAAGGAUCAGAAAGUGCACGGGAUAAUGGUUUGGAGCAAACCCUUUUUGACCGACUCCGUUUGAUGGGACAUGAGCCAGUGCUGCUCAGGACACAGUACCGUUGUCACCCAGCUAUCAGUGCCAUCAGCAACAACUUGUUUUAUGAUGGAGAUUUGUUGGACGGCAUUUCUGAAAUGGAUCGAAACCCUCUUGUAGACUGGUUGCCAACACUGUGUUUCUACAAUGUUAAUGGCUCAGAGCAGAUGGAAAGAGACAACAGCUUCCACAACAUGGCAGAAUCUUUUUUCACUGUCAAGUUAAUCCAGUCUCUAAUUGCCAGUGGAACAGAGGGAUCCAUGAUUGGGGUAAUAACCCUGUAUAAAUCACAAAUGAGCAAGAUUUGUAACUUACUUGCUGCAGUAGACUCAGAUGCUUCCCAAAUUAAAGCUGUCCAGGUGUCCACUGUUGAUGCUUUCCAAGGAGCGGAGAAGGAAAUCAUUGUGUUAUCUUGUGUAAGAACAAGACAAGUUGGCUUCAUAGAUUCAGAGACAAGAGUGAAUGUGGCUCUGACCAGAGGGAAGCGGCAUUUAUUGAUCGUGGGAAAUCUGAACUGUCUAAGAAAGAGCAAACUAUGGGAAAGUGUCAUUCAGCACUGUGCAGGGAGCAAAGAUGGAUUACAGCAUGUUAGCCAAUGUGAACAGAAAUUGAAUGACAUUCUUAAAUCUUACAUGGAAAGGAAGAAGGAAGAAGAAAGGAAACAAAAGGAAAAAUCUAGAAGUAAAUCACUUUCACAGAGAACAGAUGUAUAA